UUUAGUUUCAGCAGUGGUCAAAUGAAUUAGAUUGUUAACGAAUAGCAUUUGGCUUAAACGCUCUUAUAGACUUGGGUUUUAGUUUUAUACUUUGUGUGAUUUCUUGUGUGAGAUUUUAGUUUUUCAAUUGAAGCCUUCACAAGUGACAUUUUAUGCAUGAGUGCAAGACUUGUGUAAUUUUGUAUUUAAUUUUUAAAGCAUUUUUUAUACAAUGACCAAAUCGUUCGACACAUCAAUGGAUUCACGAAUGAGCAUUUUGCCCAAAUAUGACGAUAUUAUGGAUUACCAUAAUACCUGGUCAGACGUUGAGAAUUUUCUGUACCCAGACAACACACCAUACGAGACAAGUAUGAUUAACAUUCUUAAUGAAAACGCCAAUAAGCUAUCACCUGUUUCACCCCUGGGGGCGCCAGAGUCUCCCAGCUCAUUGAGCACGACUCCAAGCAGCACCUUUUCCAACUUGAGUCCCUAUAGCCCCAGCCACAAGGCCAUGUCCAUUGGCAGCCCCGACUCUGUGGUCAGUCACACCAGCAGCAGCCCUGAACCCCAGGAGAACAUCUACGAUGACCUGCUGGACCUUGAUUUCAUUCUGAACAACACGGCUGACGGCAACCCACUGGAAGAUGGGUUCGCCAAAGUCAAAACUGAGCCUGGCCACAUCAGCAUGCCAGACCUCUCAUCUCCCUUCCUGAAUAUUCCAGACAUUAAGUUUGAUGACGACAUGAACAACAAUAUGGUAAUGAUGAACAUGCAGGUCAUGGGCAGUAAUAUCCCUUCAGUCUCCUGCAGCAAUGCAUCUCUUAGCUCUUCCAGCUCAGCUCUCUCCAACUCCAUGAUGCACCAACAGCACAAUCCAUUUCAACAUAUGAACAAUAACUCUAUGACAGAUUUCAAGAUUCCAAAGCAUGAAUUCCCUCCCAUGCCUCAGUCCUGCACAUCCUACAGGGGCACUCUGACAGUGGUGCCAUCCAAUCAGCUUCCACCUCAGAACCCACAUAUGGUUUUCGCCAUGCACGGCAGCCACCUCUCCCCGCCCUCCUCCCCUGACAACCAAGACAUUGGGAUGCACAACAUCAAGAUGAACCCCAUGUCUCCAAUGUUCCCCAUGGGCCACCCCCAUCAACAGAUGGUCAUGAGACCACAGCACAUAAUGGACAAGAUUUCACCCCACCAUAUCUCUCAGCACCAUGGAUCUCACCAGCUUAUCACCCCGCCAUCCUCUCCCCAACUUGAGCACCUUAUGCUUCCUCAGCAGACCUUGGACCCAUCUACUGCCCAGCCCAAGAAGCGUGGCCGACGCACUUGGGGUCGCAAGCGCCAGACAAGCCACUCCUGCUCCCACCCAGGGUGCAACAAGACCUACACAAAGAGCUCUCACCUCAAAGCACACCUUCGCACCCACACAGGCGAAAAGCCCUACCACUGCACAUGGAAAGGCUGCGGAUGGAAGUUUGCUCGAUCUGACGAGCUGACAAGGCACUACAGGAAGCACACAGGAGACAGGCCAUUCCAGUGUCAUCUAUGUGAGCGAGCAUUCUCCAGAAGUGACCACCUGUCUCUGCAUAUGAAGAGGCACAUCUGAACAUACCCUGAACUUUCCUCAUGAUGUUCAUUUUGAGCAGAAAAUCUUUCUUCUCUUACUCCAGCCAUUGCUGACUGUGAUGGGAGGCCAGAAUUGUUCAACAGUAAAUCGUUCCUGUAGAUGCUGUUUUGUCUUAAGAACAAAAUGCUCUUUUUUUUAAAAAAAAAAGAAGCUUGUACUCUGUAAAUUUCUUUUCGACACAGAGUUCUGCCCACCUUGGCAUUUGCCUAGAAACCAGUGUGUCCUGAUGUGUCAUAGCCAUGACUGUGACGUUCCACAACAUAGUUGUAGUGUAUCACCUGGUUGCCAGUUGGUGUAACGAUUUAUGCUAUUUUAAUUUUUUCCCCCUCACUUUUUGUUUAUAUUUUAUUGAAUGAAACACAGCCCUCAGUUAGCACAUAGGAUUUGUCUGGCACAGAUCUAUGUCUAGUUUUGGUGACACUGAUGUGUCUAAUGUGUGAUAGACUCCCACUGGUCUCCUACCUGAUGCUUGGGCUGGCCCUGAGUUCUCAAGCAGGGAGCCAGUGGAGGGGAAAUGUUGCUCCAUUUUGUUUCAUUAUUUCAUUAUGUACACUCAUUAUGUUCAUAUUUAGCAUUACAUUAACUCUGUAAGAAAGUUCUAGAAAAUAUUCUCACGAUUCAUUAUAACAAAAUGAAACUAAAUUCGAAAGAUAAAUGAACAAAAAAUGUGCUUACAACCAAACGAAUGAAACUCUCAUUGUAAAUAAAUAGAAGACUUUACUUAGAAUCCAAAGUACUCUGCAUGAUUUCUUCUGCAAGCUUUGGGCCUUAUGUCAAAUAUUUUUUAUAUUUUUUUGUUUCUAUGCAACAAAUCUUGCACUAAAGAAACAAAGUCUCCCAUAACGAGUCUUAGUUCAAAUGUUAAUGAGGCCAAAUUUCAUUUUUUUAUCUAUAGUUCAACAACCGGUUUGGUUAAUGACAAAUGAUAGGGUAAUUUUAGUAAGAAUAAUACAUUUACAGUUAAAACAAUUCAUUUUGUCAAUGUAUUUUUUUUUAAAUUUCAGACAUAGUUUUGAAUCAUUGUGAACAAAUUUGUUAUUUCCAUGUUCUAUAAAGUGCUCUUUUUUUUUCUUUUUACUAUUAGAACUAAAGAAAAAAAAACAAUAUAGGAACUUAUUUCAAUCAGUAUUUCUAUUUAAUUGAAAGAAUAUAAUUAAAAACUAGGAUUGUUGCUGGUCCAACAUGCCAUGUUUUCAUUAGAGGAUUGUGAUACCAAAGUGCUCUUUAGACUUUUGGUCCUAUUGACACUGUGAGUAUUUUGUAACACCUCACUCUGAGACCUUCACUUGCCAAAAAAACUGGCAAAUGAAACUUUUGUUUCUUUGUUCAUAUUUGAUUUUUUUUUUUUUU